GUAGCAUUCAGUUGAGUAACUGACUAGGCGAUGUUGUAUAUAUGGAGCCGAAUCUAUAGUUCGUAUCCUUUUAGUGUUCGUUGCCUACGUACCGUCAAUUGAUUCAAGCUCUGUUAAUGGAGGCACUGGAGAUAGUUUAGCUUUAUUGUGGCCGCGGGAUUAGUCCUUUAUGCGCUGGUGCUUGCGAGGAAAGAAAUCCCUAGAACACGUCGCGCUAGGAUUAAGGAAGAGAAACUGAAGUUCAUCGCGCAAGCGUUGGAAGGUGCGGAAGAGAGAUUGUCCUGGUUGGAAUUAAGGCAGGCCAUGCUGCUCAAACUAUACCCUUCCUAUGAUAAUGACGGUAAUGAGAUUAUCGACGACGCAGUUACUGGAGCUGGCGAUGCCUGCCAUGAAGCUGUUCGCCUUGUUCUUAAGCUCAGGAAUAUGCAAUCGGAAACUCUCGACACGUACUGGCCGUAAUUCUUCGUCGCCAUCUUUUUGUGCUUUUUUUGUUAUGUGAUUUGGAUGAUCUGAUCGGAUCGGAUCUUCACUUGAAUUGAGGAAUUCAAUUCGUUUGUAGAUGAUUAGGAUUGUGAUCUUCAUGAAGUUGCGUGAUCGAUCUGGAAGUAGUUAGGGUUCAUCUGCGCUGGGGUUUAAGCUUCGUAGUUAAGAUUGAAUUGAUUGAUUAAAUUAAUCCUUUUAUAUAUAUAUAUAUAUAUUAUAUUCACGUUUUUUGUGACUGACUGACUGCCUGCCUGUGUAAGCAAGCUUCUACACAAUUUCAAAGAUUCUCUCUCCCCUCCUCCCCUGUCACUGUCUCUGGAAAAGGAAACGGAAGAAGGCAGGCAGAGUAAAAGGAAAAGCAGCAGCGGUGGCGACCGCCGUGAGUGGUGGUGGUGGUGCUAAUUCUUCGCCUAUAUCCUUAAUUAUCCGCUAAUUUUCAGUCGCCGCCAUAGAAUGACCUCCAGAACCACCACUGCCGGCGCCACCGCUAAUGGCACUCACCGCCACAGCUCUCAGUCUUCCUCCUCCGCCUCCGCUUCCUUCCGCGGCUGCUGCUGCUGCCUCUUCCUCCUCUUCUCCUUCCUUGCUCUUCUAAUCCUCGCCGUAAUCCUCGUCGUCGUUCUCGCAGUGAAGCCAAAAAAGCCGGAGUUCGAUCUCCAGCAAGUCAGUGUACAGUCCAUGGGAAUCAACCCUACCACGGCCUCCUCCGCCACCGUGUCCUUGGGAAUCCGCAUGGUCUUCACCACCGCCAACGACAAUAAGGUCGGGAUCAAGUACGGCGAGUCCAGGUUCACCGUCAUGUACCGCGGCAUACCUCUCGGCCGCGCCACCGUCCCCGGAUUCUACCAGCCCGCCCACAGCGUCCGCCGCUUCGACGCCACCGUGGCCGUCGAUCGCGUCAACUUGCUUCAAGCCGACGCUUCCGAUUUGGUUCGAGACGCCGCUUUCAAUGACCGGGUCGAACUCCGGGUCGUCGGUGAUGUCGGAGCCAAGAUCCGGGUCCUCGGAUUAACUUCGCCCGGCGUGCAGGUUUCGGUUGAUUGCAAGAUAGCUAUCAGCCCGAGAAAACAAUCGUUGAUAUACAAACAGUGUGGAUUCGACGGCCUCAGUGUAUGAACGAACGCCACCGGGUAAUUACACGCCUAUAUAUAUAUAUAUAUAUAUAUACACACAUCUUCAUUUGAUCAUGUCCCUUGGCUAUGAUGUGCUUUCCCAUUUCACUCUUGAAAAUGAAAAGAGUGAAUUCCCAUAUGGAAUGGAGUGAGAGCUAGCAGCUAAUACCACUGUAAGUUAAUCCCUAAAAUUGUGAAAAGAACUCUAAAGACAAUUUUUAUAUGAUUAUAUUUUGCAGUUUUGCAAGUGAGAUUUUGUAUGUGGUUCAUUUUCCAUUAUUGGACUACUACCAAUUUAUGGAGA